AUGUCCCUGCAAAAUCUCAAUGCGUUUGACCCCUUGGCCGAUGCAAUCAAGGGAGGUGAUGACGAUGUUCAGGAAGGUCUUGUGCACAUAAGAAUCCAGCAGCGCAACGGGCGCAAGACCUUAACUACGGUGCAGGGUCUUUCCGCAGAAUACGACUUGAAAAAGAUUGGGGUGUGCCAGGCGCUGGUGGGCCGCGCGGGCGCGCAGCAGGACCCGGGCAUGCCGUACCCGCUGCAGCUGUUCCACCUGGCGCCCAGCGCGGCAGCCCUGCUGCACACGCAGCAGCAGCGGCAGGAGCGGCCGGCGGCGGCGGCGGCGCAGAAGGGCGGCGCAGGGCCGGGGGCUGCGUCGCACCGCAUGGUGACGCCGGCGGCGGUGGCGGCGGCGGCGGCGGCGGGGGGCGAGCAGGACGUGGACGAAGACUCGGACGCCGCAGAGGUCGGCCGCUUCCAGGUGCAGUACUGGGACGCGGGCGCGGGCUUCCACGCCGCCACCAACCACCUGCCGGCGGCGGCGCUGGGGCUGCCCGUGCCGCCGCGGGACACGCCCGAGGUGCAGGCGGCGCGCGACGCGCACCUGCAGCAAGUGCAGGCGGCGCUCCUGCAGCACGCCAUGCUCCUCGACCGCCUGGAGGCGCACAAGCAGCAGCAGCAGCAACAACAACAACAACAACAACAACAACAGAAGCCGCUGAGUCCUCCGCACCACACUCCUCAAGUCCCACACCAGCAGCCGAAACCAACGUACCCUCAAGAGCCCUUUCCAAGAAUUGAAUCGGAGCGUGUAUUGUAUCUCCGCCCAAUUCGUGCAUUGAGUGCGCUGGUGCGUGGGCAGGUGCUGUCGGACGCCGGCGGCGUGGCGGACGGGGACAGCCUGGUGGUGGAGAGCGACGGCCACCAGGAGCCGGCCGCCGACGACGGCGAGCUCACCCGCUACCCCGACCUGCAGCAGGUGCCGCAGGCGCUGUACGACCCGUCGCACGUGCACGACCCCUCCCUGGAGGCCGUCAUCGUGGAGGCCGACGCGCCCGCGGCCCGCGCCAGGGGCACGGCGCGCGCUCUGGGAAAACCAAAUGAAAAAAUUGAGAAGAAACCCCAAGAAGCUGCAAAGGAUACCUCCAAAGCUGCUUCCAACUUAAAUAAUUACUAUAUGUUUUGGCAUACUGUACCUAUGUAUGUGGAAGUGAAGCCUGUUCAGGAUGAACCUGAAGGUAAAAGCAAAUUACCUGAACCUCAACCCCUCAGUAUUUCUCAGAAGGCUGCAUUUGUUAAUGCAAAACUUCCUUCUGCUGUUCAUAGUUUUCAAGUACCUCCCGGUCGAUCAGAUGUUGUGCUUCCACAACUUCCCAUUUUCUUGAGUCCUCAUGACACACUUCCAAUAAGUUACUCUGCAAAAGCCACAUAUUUUCAUUCCAUUCCGGUUGCUGCUGUACAUGACGCACAAGUGCACCCAGGGCAGAGGGGAUCCUUUCCAGACCACCAGACACAACCUGUUUUUCAUCUUGCUCCAUCAGAAAAAUGAUUAUCAUUAUUUUAAUAAUUAAUAUUUUUCUCGCUUUUAAAACAGCCUAUUGCAACAUAAUUGAAGAUUUUGUUUUAUACUGAAUAGAAUGUACAUGUAAAUACUUUGAUAUUAUUUACCAGUGUUGAAUCCGUUUGAUUUUUGGUAUUAACAAACGUAAUACAAAGAGAAAUGUGAUUAUUUUCUUCAAAAUAACUUUUUGUUUAAUGUAUAUUUGUAAUAAGUUUCACUGGGGGAAUAGCGCAGGCUAGCUUGCAUAUACAUUGAAAUGCAAGCUAUAAAAGGAAAAUACAGAAUACCUGUUGAGUAUUUUGUAUGUGGUUUGGGGGUGAUGGUUCUUUGGGUAAAUCCAUUGUUACCUUUUCUUUACAUGCUUGUGUUCUAGUUUUUUUUAACAGGACUUCAAUUUUUUUGAAGGUAGUAAUGUUGUAUGGCUGUGGCAGUUUCUACAUUUUGUAGUGAACAUUUUCAACCCCUAUUUCUUUAAUGUACUUUUAUAGUUCCUCACAGUAUCACCUGUAUUGGUUAUACCGGUAUGUGGUAAUUUAAUUAAAUGUGUUAAAGAUCUAAUUUUUGAUAAUAAAAAUAUU